UUCAUUGUUGUUAUUUUUGACAUUUACAUAACACCAACAACAACAACAACUCAAAAGAGAGGUCUCUGCGACUGCAAUCUCUCUCUAGCGUUCGUUCUUUCGUUGCCAAUCGCUCAUCCAUCAAUCAUCUUUGCUUUCUUCUUCCCUUUCUGCCGACGACGAAUUUCCUGCGUUUAGAUCAGCAGACAUUGAUAUUUUCUUAUUACUGCUGGCUCUUACCUUGUACUGAAGACCAGCUACAAUGAAGAAGGUUAUCGGUCAAACUGUUCGGGACCUUAAGAGAGAAGUGAAUAAGAAAGUGCUGAAAGUCCCUGGGAUUGAACAGAAGGUUCUUGAUGCUACCAGCAAUGAACCUUGGGGUCCUCAUGGAUCACUUCUUGCUGAUAUUGCUCAGGCAACCAGAAACCCUUAUGAAUACCAGAUGAUUAUGGCAGUAAUCUGGAAACGAAUUAAUGACACUGGCAAGAAUUGGCGGCAUGUCUACAAGGCUUUGACGGUACUAGAGUACUUGGUGGCUCAUGGUUCUGAACGAGUCAUAGAUGAAAUCAGAGAACAUGCUUAUCAAAUAUCGACAUUGUCCGAUUUUCAAUAUAUUGACUCCAGUGGACGAGAUCAAGGAAACAAUGUCAGGAAGAAAUCUCAGAGUCUUGUCGUCCUUGUGAAUGAUAAAGAAAGAAUCAUAGAGGCUAGACAGAAGGCUGCAUCUAACAGGGACAAGUUUCGUAACAAUGCCCCUGGUGGGAUGUAUAGACCUGGUUCACAUUCAAGCAGUGGAGCCUAUGGUGAGAGAUACGAGGAUGAUCGUUAUGGAAACAGGGAGGAAGAUAGAAAUGGCUAUGGAAGAGAAAGAGAAUGGGGAUCUAGAGAUGAUGAUCGAAAUAGUCGGGAUGGAGAUCGUUAUGGAAGAGAUUAUGAGGAACGUUAUGGCAGGGAUGGUUACAGAGAUGAUGACUCCAGGGGAAGAAGUCGAAGUGUUGAUUACCAAUAUGAUACCCGAAGCAGGAGCUCUGAUAGAGACCGUAGUUAUGAGGAUGAUGGCCAGCACUCAUCUCGAGGUAGCAAUGCUAAAGCUGACGACCAAUCUCUAGAAGCAAGGCUUGAGCGGAAACUUUCUGAGCAAAAUAUGGGUGCUCCUCCUAGUUAUGAAGAAGCUGUUGGUGAAUCUCAGAGCCCUGUGCAGGGUGAAAGGGGUGUAGAAACUUCAGCACCAUCUGCUCCAAGUGGCUCGUCUCCCCAUGCAAGUGAAAAUCCUAGCCAAUCCUCUCCUCCUACAGGGUCCUCUCCUGUCAACAAUUAUCCAACCGAAGCAACUGCUGCUUCCAGUACUGCUGCAUCAGGAACCCAGGAAAUUGGGGCCACUGAUGACUUUUUUGACCCUCGUGGUCCUGCAUCAGCUGCCUCAACAACCUCUAAUAAUGUUGAAGUGGACUUUCUUGGUUCCCUGUCAGACUCAUUCUCUUCAAAUGCAUUGUCUCUUGUUCCAGCUACAUCAGCAACUGCAGCAACUGAGGCAAACACUGGUUCAACAGCUUCCUUCGCUGCACCGUCUUCCGGGUCCAGUAAUUUCAAUCAAUCUUUUGAAGAUCCAUUUGGCGAUUCGCCAUUCAAGGCUGUUACUUCCACUGAAACUGCUCCAUCUCAACCCCAGCCUUAUCAGAGCAUUGAACCCUCCCAAUCAAAUGGUUAUAACGCAGAAACGGUCCCUGACUUCGGGUUUGGGGACUCAUUUUCUGUUGUACCAUACUCCGCACCUGCUACCAGUGAUCCUCAACCUUUCUCUUCAAACUCCCAGUUUUUGUCAUCUCAACAGCAGGAAACUGAUAUUCUGGCUGACAUUCUUCCUCCUGCACCAUUACCUGAGACAGCUUCACAGCAGAACUUUUCACCUCCUGCUUUUGCCCAAACUUCACCUUCCUUUUCAGCUCCAUCAGGCCAAAUGGCACGACAACCUUUUUCUGAACCAACUGGCCAACUCCCUCACCAAGGUUUCUCAGGAGCAACCAAUCAACCUGCACAAACCUUUUCAGCUCCCCCUGGUCAACAUUCCCAGCCAGCCUUCUCAGCUCAUAAUGGCCAACCGCUACAAGCGCAGUCUUCCUUUUCAGCUCCGACCAGCCAAUAUGCUCAACAACCCUUUUCUUCUCAUGCCGGUCAACCUGGUUUGAACUCAUUUUCAUCGCCUACUGGCCAACCUAUGCAGCAACCUUUUGGUCAAUCUGCACAAUCUAGUUCUCAUGUCUACAAUGGAUUGCAAUCCCAGGAGAGAUCUCUUAUUCCAGGAGCUCCAAACAUGUCUUCUCAAUCCCAAAAUGGAUAUAAUGGGCCUAUGAACAGUGGGAACUUCUUGCCACAAGGAUCUCCAGCAGCUUUUCAUUCACACAUGGCUCCCCAAGCUCCAACAGGACAGCUGGCACAGAACACAAACUUCCCUCAUGGUCAAGCAUCACAGUUUAACAGCCAGAACUUCAUUGGACAAGGGAAUGCAGCUCCCUUUAGCUCACAAAUUACCCAUCAACAACCUACUUCUAAUGCUUCACAGUAUGCUGUUUCGAUGGGAUCGAAUGCACUAGUUUCCCAACCACCCAAGGAUAAAUUUGAGACAAAAUCAACAGUUUGGGCUGAUACACUAAGCAGAGGACUUGUUAAUUUGAAUAUAUCUGGACCUAAAAUAAAUCCCUUGUCAGAUAUUGGGAUUGACUUUGAAUCAAUUAACAGGAAGGAGAAGAGAAUGGAGAAACAACCUACCGCACCUGUAACAUCAACUAUAACUAUGGGUAAAGCUAUGGGAUCAGGUUCAGGCAUUGGUCGGGCCGGUGCGGGUGCCCUAAGACCAAAUCCAAACGCUAUGAUGGGUUCUGGCAUGGGUAUGGGCAUGGGCAACGCUCCUGGUGUUGGUAUGGGUAUGGGAGGCUAUGGAGGCAUGAAUCCAUCCAUGGGCAUGGGUAUGGGAAUGGGGGGUAUGGGUAUGGGGCAAGGAUACCAGGUGCAACAACCCCCUGCUGGAAUGCCACCUGGGGCCAACAUGCCAGGUAACUAUAACUCCAUGACUGGUCCGGGCGGUUAUGCUCAACAGCCAUAUGGCGGCUAUCGAUGAGAUUGAACAUCAUUCUUAGAGCUAGCAAGGUGAAGUAUUGUUGAUUGUUUUGCUACAAAUUGAGAGAGAAGCCAUUUCAAUACUAGUGCCAACUAGUAGUCCACAUAGACAACAGUUGGACUUAUAGUGGUGUAUCAUUGAAGUUGCAACUUACUGUAAAGUGACCCAGUGUGAUGUAUGUUUAUUUGUUAUAAAUAUGCUAUUACCAUUCUUUUUUGGGUCACCCUUUUAUAGGUGCUUUUGAGCAUCAGUGUUGUGUACUUGUUAUGGGAUAGAAUAACCUUACUCAGGUUAUUGCUUUCUUGUUCCUCAUUUUUUGAACACCAACAAGUGGUUUGAUAUUAAUAUAUUCUUUUUUCCAUUGUACUUUUAA